AUCGUAUCCGAGUUGGUUUCGUCCAUCACCGUUGCCGCCAUUUCCCCCCCCUUCACCCGGGGGGUUCGCGUUCGCUUUUGGCGCCAAAGCGGGCGACGGGAACUUUACAAUAAUACACAAACACAAAUAAACAAACAACGUCAACAGAUCAACAACAACAACAUAAACAACUUACCCAUUAAACACCGGAGAGAGGCAGGGAAGGAAUUGCCCGCCGAAAUGUACAUCAAACAGGUCAUCAUCCAGGGCUUCCGCAGCUACAGAGACCAGACCAUCGUGGACCCCUUCAGCUCUAAGCACAACGUGAUCGUCGGGCGGAAUGGCUCUGGGAAAAGUAACUUCUUCUAUGCGAUCCAGUUUGUGCUGAGCGAUGAAUUCAGCCACUUACGGCCUGAACAGAGGCAGGCUCUGCUGCACGAGGGUACCGGUCCACGGGUGAUCUCGGCCUUCGUCGAGGUUGUCUUUGACAACUCGGACAACCGCCUGCCGAUUGACAAGGAGGAGGUCACUCUGAGACGAGUCAUCGGAGCGAAGAAGGACCAAUACUUCUUGGACAAGAAGAUCGUGACGAAGAAUGACGUCAUGAACUUACUGGAGAGCGCCGGCUUCUCCCGUAGCAACCCUUACUACAUCGUCAAGCAGGGCAAGGUGACGUGGCG